GAUUCUUCUUUUCCACUCGCAGCUUGCCUAUUUCUUCGUACGUUUAUGUUGUGUUAAGCGUGAUCCACGUUUCGUGUCGUGAGACUUAAAGAAUGCGUUACGUGGCCGCUUAUGUACUGGCUGUUCUGGGAGGCAAAGCCUCGCCAAGCCAAAAUGAUAUUGAGAAAAUCUUAUCGUCCGUCGGAAUUGAGACUGAUACUGAGAAACUGAAAAAAGUAAUUUCGGAAUUAAAUGGAAAGUCUAUUGACGAGUUGAUCACCAAAGGCAGGGAAAAAUUAUCAUCCAUGCCAGUUGGUGGAGCUGCUGCUGCCGGUACUGCAGCUGCUGCUCCUGCCAGUGGUGCGGCAGCUCCAGUAGAGGAGAAGAAAGAGGAGAAGAAGCCUGCCAAGGAAGAAUCCGAGUCGGAAGACGAUGACAUGGGCUUUGGUCUAUUUGACUAAAGGAUUCUUUUAUCUUGUGAUCGAACAAUGUGAUCUCAGGAUAAAAUUUGCUAUAUUCUGCAGCAGUAGUGUGAGUGAAGUUCAAUAAAUUUUUAUAUUAUACAAAUUGUAUAAAAUUUAUGCCACUGCUGAGGAAUAAAGCAGAUCUUUUAACUAAAUUUAA